CCCCUACCCCCCCCCCCCCCCAUUCCCGGCUGGCGGCUGCGGGAGCAGCGGGAAGAGGAGGAGGAGGAGGAGAGGGAAAGGGAGAGCUGCUGCACCGGCACAGGGGCCGCCGCCGCCCGAGCAGCCGCAGAGCUCUGGAAUGCUGUGAAGACUCCCUGCCCAGGCACACUCCUCUCCGGAUUAUCUGCAUCCCAAGGAAGCUCGUGUCCAAGAGAGUUCCCGGUCUUCCACCAUGAAUCCUGUUUACAGCCCCGUCCAACCUGGGGCUCCCUACGGCAACCCGAAGAACAUGGCCUAUACAGGUUAUCCAACAGGCUAUCCCACUGCUGCCCCAGCCUACAAUCCCAACAUGUAUCCAACCAGCAGCCCCGGCUACGCCCCAGCCACACUUCUGAUGAAGCAGGCCUGGCCCCAGACCUCCUCGUCCUGUGCCACCGAGGGCACCUUCCACCUCCCGGUGGACACGGGCACCGAGAACAGAACCUACCAGGCUUCUUCUGCAGCUUUCAGGUACACUGCGGGGACUCCCUACAAGGUGCCACCGACCCAGAGUAACAAUGCCCCUCCUCCCUACUCGCCGUCUCCGAACCCGUACCAGACCGCGAUGUACCCCAUCAGAAGUGCCUACCCACAGCAGAACCUGUACACCCAGGGAGCUUAUUACACCCAGCCCGUGUACGCGGCCCAGCCUCACGUCAUCCACCACACCACGGUGGUGCAGCCCAACAGCAUCCCCUCGGCCAUCUACCCGGCCCCGGUGGCCGCGCCCCGCACCAACGGCGUGGCCAUGGGCAUGGUCGCCGGCACCACCAUGGCAAUGUCGGCAGGAACCUUGUUGACCACCCCCCAACACACCGCCAUCGGAGCACAUCCAGUGUCCGUGCCAACGUACAGGGCUCAAGGAACCCCCACCUACAGCUACGUACCUCCACACUGGUAAACCACUGGCCAAUCCAUAUCCGGAGUCAAACAUUGUAUGCAACUACACAAGUCUUACAUCGGUGCUGCGGCCGCUGGGCUGCAGCGCCUCGUCUGUUUGCAAGAACAAAAGAAAAAAGGAAAAAAAAAAAAAAAAAGUGCAAGGGUCACUUUAUGCAUUCUUUAGUGGUUUUUGUAAAAGCUGCUUUUUCUAAUCUUCUGCCUCUUUUUUUUCCCCCCUUCCUCCCCCCCCCCACAUGAAUUGUGUAACACACAUACUGACACUGAGCAAUAGUCAAGUUCUCUCUUCGGUCCUAUCAUUUGAAAGCUCAGAAUCUUCACUUUUCCAGCAUUGCCCAGCUGAGUGGUGCAAAGAUCCCCCCCACUUCUUGUUCGUUUGGGUUCUUUUUGUUAUUUUUCUGUUGUCGUUGUUGUUGACAAGAGCCUAGAUUUUUUUUGGCUAGUAAGAGUGGUUGAUGUUCAGGGUACUAUGUGAAAAGCACAGCGCUGGUAGGCAGGCUUAUUCCGAUUUGGUUUGGGUAUUUUUAGUUGAAGAAUAUAAAUUAUUCAAUCUUUCAUAACAUAUUACAAGAAAAUUGGUGUCUUCCAGAUAGCUGUCGUGAUAGAUUAUAAAUGCAUUAUCUGCAGUGGAAUUCUGAACUCAUCCCUUCUUUUUGUAGGAGUAAGAGAAUAUAAAUAUAAUUAGCGACGUAACACACUUGUCUUAGGAAGCACGAGGACUGGUCACCAGCGGGUCUUUGGUCUGCUUUUUCCAACUGGGCAAACGGAUUGUGGGUGAUGGGAAGGGAGCAGCAGGAAGACUGUGUGCCCUGGGAGCAUCUUGAACCUCUUGGGAAAACGGGAUGCUCCCCCUCAGCCACGUCCCGGGGCAGUGUGAGGGAGAAGGCGGCUCCUGCCUUGCGUGGCUGCUGUUUGCAGGCAGAGAUGUGCUGGGGGAAGCAAGGAGAUGUCCAAAGGUUGGGCUGGAGAGCUUCUCCAGGUUCAGGGUUUGGUCUGAAGAGCUUCUCCAGGGUAUGGUGGUGUGGGAAAAGAGGGCGUCAGGUUGAUGGAGAUGAGUCUUCAAGGCAGGGCGAGGGGAAGAUGGGUGGCUUCAGCUUGCACCCACGGUGUUGGCAGGGCUGAGACCAAACUGCACGCCCUCCUUGGCAGUCGAGGUGUCCCCCUCCCAUUCUUUGGGUUACAGCUCCCAAGACUUCCAGGAGCAAUGUUCAUCCAAGCACAAAUACCAGCACCACGGAGAAAGGCCGGGAGGGGGAUGGAUGGUGUCCGGCUGCUCCGCUUGGAGAGGUGGGAGAGGAGGAAGAAUAGCAAUAAACACGCCACCUCCUUCACAAGAAGGCACCUGAGAAGAGGUGACAGCAGGGAAGGUGAGCCACAGUUGACAUGGACCAGGAUGGGGGACACCGGGCACGCAGAGGCUGUGGGCAUCAUUCUGGGGGUUUGGUUUACCUGGGGACAUGGGGACAGGAAGCUGGUGACAUUCCCCCUCGGGGUGUCCAAGCAGAGCAAUAAGUUGUCUUGAGGGCAGCAGAGGCAGUUUGGAUUUGCAGACAAUGCUUGUGGCCAGUUUGUUUUUAAGUCCUUGUCACUAAACCCAGCAUAGAAACAAGGUUUUUGGGAUUUUAUGGGGUUUUUUUUUAAGACAAAAGCUUGGUUGGGUUUUGAUUUUUGCCUCAAGUGUGCCAAAAGCGUUCCAUGCUCUCGGUGGAGUCUCCCAGCUUGGCUUCUGCUCCUGGAGCUCCUUCCCUUGAGCAUGGGCCAGGUGGGGAGUAACAAUCCUGGGGAUCCCAGGAGGACUUUCCCUCCCGCUGGUUGGUCCCAGGAGGUUUGUCAAGUUGGGUGUUGGCGUUGGCACUUCUGUUUGGGGAUCAUUUGGUUGAUUCUGCUGGUCUUGAAGGAAAUCCAGAGCAAAGCUCUGGUUGGCCUCCUCAGCCUCAGGAGGAACAAAGUGGGGGAAGGCUGUGCUGUGGGGUGGGGAAGGGGCACCCUUGGGCUGCACUUUGGGUUCGUAUUGAGGGAAAGGAGAAGGAAAAAAAAACGAGAAAAAGAGCCAAUAAUCAGUGGGUUCCCCAUUUGGCUUGGCAAAGCCAAGGAUUAGUAAAGAGCAACAGGACCUUGGGAAGUAACACCAACACAUCAUCCUUCCACAGUUUGUAGCACAUUUUAGUUAAAGCUGGGGCAAAAAAUCCCCAGAUCCUAAGAACUGAGGAGUUCUGAGAUCCCCUUUUCCCCCCCUCUCACGUUGACUUUGUGUUACAUACCAGGAGCUGUCUGUCAGCAUUGAGUCAGGACUCCCAGCGUUACGGCUCUGGUUUGUGGGGCCCAGCGAGCUUUGGGAUCCCAGCCUGGGCUCUGCAAACCACCUUUCCCAGCAGACACCACCCCACCACUGGCCCAGACACCCUGCACCACUUUAGGAACCACUCCUAAAAUUCUGGCCCACGUGUGGAAAAGAGAUGUUGGGCUUUCUCCUGGAAGGAAAAGAAACAUUAAAGGUGGGGGAGAAAGCCCCAGGAGCUGAGCGUGGUGGAACACCCAGUGCUCCCACUGAUGAGACCUGACACGGGGCAGCUGGGUUUUAAUCCCUUUGCUUGGAUCAAUAGCAGAUCCAGUGCUCCUCACCCCAUUAUUCCCAGGCAGAAAUACUCAUUUACCAAGGUGUGGAGAGGGGAAAUAUUUGCCACCUGUUGGGCCAGAGGCUUUAGUGAGGACAUUGGGGAACCAGCCUUGAGCCACUGGGUGGAACCAGGGCCACCACAUGGCUCUGUGGCCACCACACGGUGCCAGGCUUGGGUAGCUCCUUCCCAAGGUGGGGCUGCGGUGGUGGGGAGAUGCUCCCUGCCCUUCCCUUGAUCCCAAAUCUUUCCUUUGGUCAAGCCAUGGCUUAACUUGAGGGUCCUGGGAAGGUCACAGGGGAGGACGGUGGUGGGGGCCACCAGCUUCUCAAAUAUUUAAUUCAGCAAAGCUUAUCUGAUGUUGGUUAAGGAAAAGGGUUUUUCCACAGUGAAGGAUCACACGGGGCAUCAGUGGGAAAGAGCAGGAGGGGUUAAACCAUCCUUAGCAGCCACUGGAGUGUCUGAGAUUAAAAUUCCAGCUAAAGAGGAAGGAAAAUUAACUCUGGACCAUUAACCCAUCCCAGACCUUACCUUUGCUUCAAAACACAAGCUGCGAUGCAAGAUUUGGGGGGGGGGGAAAUAGGAUUUUAGUGGUGGUGGUGACCCCCAAACCCCAGGAGCCCCUCGAAGCCUGAGGCCAUUGUGCCUCCAAGUGGCUGAACCCUCCGGGCAAGGAUUUGCUACUGUAUUUCAUGAAUAAUAAACCACGCAGUUCAGCGUUGUUGCAGUUUUGGGAUGUAAUUCCCAGGAAAUGUUAUUUAAGGGGUUUGUUUUAAUGAGGGAUGUUCAGAGCAUCAGGUUUUCCUCCAGCCACCAGCAUCCCACUGAAUCUGGUCCUCCCCAGAGAGACCCCCCCUGCCUCUUUGCCAUCCCCUCUGGGAACGUGGGGAUGAUGUGGUUCCCAGCUGGAGGGCAUGAAAUGGGAUCCUGGUUUUUUUAGCGGGGUGGAAAACAACAUUUGAGGCUUUAUUUUUGGCAAAAUCCAACCGGCCAACAAUAGCAAUAAGAGCUGCUGGAUACCCAUAAAUCCAGGUAUUUUUGGUUUGGGUUUGUUUUUUUUUUUUUAAUUGCCCAUAUUUCCAGGCCCUCCAACUGUGGUGACCCUCUGCCCAUCUUCCCUUUGCUUUGCUCCUGAGCCAGGAUCAGCCUCCAAAUAUUUUCUCUGCUGUGUGUUAGCAUUCCCCUAGGGAAAAAAAAAAGGAAAAUAAAACCUGUGACGGAGCUUGGGAGGGAGGAAAUCUUGGAAAAGGUGGCAUGUUGCACCAUGGCACUUGGAGGUUCUCUGGCAAUCAGGUGAAAGAACUUGUGGGAAUGUUUGCAGGGCAGGAAUAGCAAAAUACCGUGGUUUAACAGGAGUGAUUCCCGUUUGGAAACGCUCGAUUGUGCAGCUUGCAGGGAAUAAUCUUGAUGCAACAUGGCCACCUGCAGCCUCCAAGAGAUGGAGCUGGGAGAUGGAAUUUUCCAGGGGGAAAGGGGUUCAGGAUCAGGGGAGGGAUUUGUAGGGAAGCUUGGGAUGGUGCAGGAUCACACCCAAACCCUCCCAUUGCCAGAACAUGGCCUCAACCCGCACCAGGCUCCCACCCCUCUCUAUGUAAUUAAUUUUAAAUUGAUUUUGACCACCAGACCAGCUCGUUUUUAAGUAUUAUUGGACCUCUUAAAUAAAAAUAAAUACCAAAAAAAAAAAAAAUUCCCUGAAAGAACAACAACAAAAAAAAAUUUACACCCAAGAGUAACCACGUCUUCCAAGUCUACAUCUCACAGGUGUGUAGGGAACAUGGCCUUGGACUGAUGCCCUGGAGAGCCCCACAGCCUCAUUUUGUCCAUCUGAAGUGUAAAUUUGGGGUUGUUUUCCUGUUUGUUUUCUGUUCUGGUUUUGGUUCUGAAGAUCAGGUUGUGAUCUCCCUGACAGAUUUCAGCCAAGAGUUUGUAACUGUACGAUAUUUACUGUAAGAUGUAGAACAUUCGAUAACUAUUAAAAUGUUUCCAAAAAAAAAAAUUAAAUAAAUAAAUAAAAGAGCCCGA